AUGACUGUUAUGACCAAGAAAACAAGGAAUAAUGGUCAUGCCAAGAAGGGCCACAGCCACAUGCAGCCUAUUCGCUGCACAAACUGUGCCCGACGCGUGCCUGAGGAUAAGGCCAUUAAGAAGCUCGUCAUUCGGAGCAUCGUAGAGGCCACAGCCAUCCAGGACAUUUCCAAAGCGAGUGUUUUCAAUGCCUAUGUGCUUCACAAGCUGUAUGUGAAACUGCAUUACUGCGUGAGUUGUGCCAUUCACAGCAAGGCAGUCAGGAAUCGUUCUCGGGAAGCCGGGAAGGACCGAACGCCUCCACCUGGAUUUAGACCUGCUGGUGCUGCCCCACGACCUCCACCAAAGCCCAUGUAAGAAGCUAAGUUCUUAAAGACUAAAGAAAUACUGCCCCC